AUGGAAAACAUGAAAAACGAGGGCAAAAAUACAGAGCUAGAGGAUAUCCGUCUCGCAGUACAGGAUGCUGCCCAAACUUUGACUGGUCUGAAUACAAGCGUAAAUGAGAGGUUUCUGCAUUUUCAAAAAAGAAUCAUGCAACUGGAUCAAAAGGUGAAAAUUGCUACUGGCAGCACGAGUGUCAGAGGACCACCUGGAGUCAACAGUUCUAAUGGAGACGUUGGACCUACCGGACCCGCCGGACCUCUAGGAUAUAAUGGUACAAAGGGUGACAUUGGACUUGCCGGACCUGCUGGACCUACCGGACCUCCCGGACCUCCGGGAUAUAAUGGUACUCAGGGCCAUGCAGGACCGCCUGGAAUACCUGGUGUUCAGGGUCUUCGUGGACCAUCUGGGUUCAAUGGUACCCAGGGUCCACCUGGACUCGGGGCCAGUUCCUGUGUUUUUAAGACUUUAACCAGCACUGGUACGGCAACAAACUCGAUCGCCCAACAAGAAACUACGGCGACGGAAACAAACGAUAAAAUCUUUAUUGGCGUAAGAUGUGAUACCAACGACGCGAAAGUUGCUAAAUUAUUAAGCACCAUCUCAGCUGGAAAGAGAACCUACAAGUGCUCUUGCGAUGGUACUAUAACAAUUGGAGAAGCAACGAUGUAUUGCUACAUGCAAUACUGGGAACGUCAGUUAUAAGAGGAAAAACGGAAAGCCAUUUAAUGAACAGGACUCUUUGUAAAGAAGAUAAUACAGUGUUGAAUCAGAAACGAGACGAAGAACAAUUUAGUGGUCUAACGUUAAUUCUAUUUUUCAAAUAUGCCCAGUGAACUAGGUCGUCUUUGAGAGGGCAUUUCAGUUGAGUGUUGUAAAACCAAAAUCAAAGGAAAGUCAAAGGAGUAUAAUCAGGAGGAGGAGUAACAACAGGUUAUCUGCCCUAAGCGUGAGAAAACGCAAGUGACCAAGAUCGCGAAAGGAUUUAGUUUUGAAUCUGGCUGAUGUAAAGUAUGGUGUGAGUUUCAGUUCUACACCAAUCAUAUUGCGAAGUAAGGCAAAACCAAACAAAGUAGCAUGACUUUGCUUCAUUAGCAUGACUUUGCUGUCAUCCAUACUCAUUCAAAGGUGUACAUGAUUUCUUCAAUCAGAAACUCGGUUUCUUAUUCACCAGUAACUUUCGCGCCCGUCGUUUUUGCCCUUGAUUUAUUUACCUUCUUACCUCUCGGUCAA